CUGAUUAUCGCAGGAGCGUUGGGAAUUGCAGCAUGGCCCAGGCGAAGUCAUGGAUUGAUGAACAGUUUUCUUGCAAUGUGCAUCAUUGCAUGCAUUGCAGCUUCUGUUCAGGCCAUUGUCUCUGGAAUUGCACACGCUGUUUGGGCGGAAUUUAUUGGUGAUAAUUGCAUUUCAACUGGRUAUGGAUGUGUUUGUACCUCAAGUUCCGGACAGCGGGAGUAUUUGAGGAACUCCAAAGCCUGCGAUUUGGUCAGUACUGUUGUGGGUGGCCUUGUUGCCUUCAUCGUUCUAAGUUCACUGGGUGCAUUGUUUACCUUGGCUGGAUCAAUCAUCGCUUGCAUUGUCACUUGUAAUGUUCCCCAGUCUCCACCUCUGAUAAUCCAGCAGCCCGCCGUUACUGGAAUCAGCGUCGUCACAUCGCACACUCAAAGCAGAGUAGCUCACCCAAACCAAUACCUGCAACAACCUCCUCAGCAGCUCCAUGGAUUUCCACCUCAAUUCCAAGGAUGUCCUCCUCAACAGUCCCAGCAGCCACAGGGAUUUCCGCAGCAAUUCCAGGGAUACCCUCAGCAGUCCCAGCAGCCACAAGGAGUUCCACAGCAAGGCGUACCACCUCCGCAAUAUUGUGAGAACGCAGCACAGUAGUUUUUUUAAAUUAAGUUAAGCAUGAUUAUUUGUUCUACAAGUAGAGUUAUGCAAAAGACAAUUAAAAUAAUCUAUCAUGAAUUACUUUGCGGGUUUUAACAUAAUACGUUUGUAAGCUAGAAACAGUCAAAAGAASAAACGACAUAAUACUGAUAAA